GGGAGGUCCGGCCCACCUCACAUCCAAACUUCGACGUCGGUCCAUGAACCCGCCAAAACGACCCACGGGCUCGUCACUCCUUUCGAAACCCUAGCUGGUUCCUACCGCUUCGGACUCAAGACCACCUCUCUCUCCCUCUAAACUCAGACUCUCAGAAGGUUAUAUCAUAGGUGCAUGCGUGUUGAGCUGCAACAAUUGCUGUGAUUGGUCUACAGGGUUAUAGGUGAAGAUGGCGAAGAGAAAAGAGAAAUCGGUGAACGUCUCUGGAAAGCCGAAGCAUUCGCUGGAUGUCAACAGGGAAUCGAAAUCGAGCAAGGGCGGCCGCAGCGCCGCCACGGUGCGGCGACUCAAGAUGUACAACACGAGGCCGAAGCGCGACGUCAAAGGGAAGGUCAUAAAGCACGACCUUCAGUCCUCCGAGUUGCCCUCCACUCGAAUUCAACCCGAUCGCCGAUGGUUUGGUAAUACUCGAGUUGUAAACCAGAAGGAGCUUGAGUUUUUCCGUGAAGAGCUCCAAAGUCGAAUGUCGAGUAACUAUAAUGUCAUUUUGAAGGAGAAGAAACUUCCCAUGUCUCUUUUGAAUGAUCACCAAAAGCAAGCAAGGGUUCAUCUUCUAGAUACAGAGCCUUUUAAGGAUGCAUUUGGACCUAAGAGGAAGAGGAAGCGCCCAAAGCUCAUGGCAUCAGAUUAUGAGUCAUUAGUUAAGAAAGCUGAUGGUUCUCAAGAUGCCUUUGAACAGAAAUAUGAUGCCAGUAUGUCUGUAGACGGUAAUGAAGGGGAUGGAUUGAGAGACCUAGUUCGGCAUACAAUGUUUGAGAAGGGUCAAAGUAAACGCAUUUGGGGUGAGCUCUACAAAGUUAUAGACUCUUCAGAUGUUGUUGUCCAGGUUUUAGAUGCCAGAGAUCCGCAAGGUACUAGGUGCUAUCAUUUGGAGAAGCAUUUAAAAGAGCAUUGCACACAUAAACACAUGAUUCUUUUGUUAAACAAGUGUGAUUUGGUCCCUGCCUGGGCAACAAAAGCCUGGCUUAGAGUGUUAUCCAAGCAGUAUCCAACUCUAGCAUUUCAUGCAAGCAUUAACAAGUCAUUUGGGAAGGGUUCUCUUCUAUCAGUAUUGAGACAAUUUGCUCGCUUAAAAAGUGAUAAGCAAGCAAUAUCUGUGGGGUUUGUUGGGUAUCCGAAUGUCGGGAAGUCAUCAGUUAUCAAUACACUUCGUACGAAAAAUGUCUGCAAGGUUGCUCCCAUUCCAGGAGAAACUAAAGUGUGGCAGUACAUUACACUCACAAAGAGGAUCUUUUUGAUAGACUGCCCUGGAGUUGUUUACCAAAACAGUGACUCGGAGACAGAUAUUGUAUUGAAAGGCGUGGUACGUGUCACAAAUUUGCCUGAUGCUUCUGAACAUAUCGGAGAAGUUUUGAAACGUGUGAAGAAGGAGCAUCUCAAAAGAGCAUAUAAGAUAACAGACUGGGAGGAUGAUAACGACUUUCUUGUUCAGCUAUGCAAAUUAACAGGCAAACUGUUGAAGGGUGGCGAACCUGACUUGAUGAAUGCAGCCAAGAUGGUCCUUCAUGAUUGGCAGAGGGGUAAGAUACCCUUUUUUGUGCCACCACCGAAAGAAGAAGACGGCUCGUUAAAGGAUGAACCCAAUGAACCUGAUGUUGAGAAAGACAAUGCUGUUGAUAAGGACCAGGCCUCCGCAGCGCGAAGAGCCAUUGCCAACGUUAUUUCAUCCCAACAGGCAAAAGAUGUCCCUGUUCAGAAAGAUCUUUUCGAUGAGAACGAGUUAAAGGGUGAGAUUUCGGAUCAGCUUCCGUCCACCGAGUCGUAGGUUUUUGUUCCUAGUGUGCACUUCCAACCCUUCCCGGCAAAAGAGGGAGGGCAGUAUCUUUCGUUUUUUUUUUUUUAUUGGCACUGAAAAGGAAAAUGACCCAUCUUUAGUUCUGUAUUUUUUUUCGCCCUUUACGUAGCCUGUGUAGAUUUCAACAACUCCAUUUUCAGCUUGUUUUGUUUUUUUGUUUUUUGUUUUCGCAAGAUGUAAUGCUUGGAUACACACAAUGGCGCAACGUAAAACAGGAGAGAAUUAAGCUAAGUUUUCAUUUGCUUUCAA